AUGAUGCUUCUCAGCAAGGGAAUUCCAGAGGUCAUGGAGUCUUGGAGGAUGAACAACUUCCUGGAUACUGUUGGCUGCAAAAUCCUCCUUUACUGUUCCUGCUUUGGCUGGAGUCAGUCCAUCUGCACAACCAGCUUCCUGAGCACCUUUCAAGCUGUCACCAUCAGUCCCAGCAACUCUCAGUGGGCCCGGCUCAAAGACAAAGCACCAAGAUCUAUUGCACUCUCUUUUCUUCUCUUCUGGGUCCUCAGUUUGUUCCUGGAUAUUACAGCACUGAUGUACAUAACCGAUCCUCAAAACCAGACCAGCGUUCGAAAAAUAUUUGAUUUAAAAUAUUGCUCAUCAGUUAGCGUUAGUGCAGGAAUCACUGUGAUAAAUUCUGCUAUAUUCACUCUCCGGGAUUUGCUCUUUAUAGGGAUCAUGAGCGGGGCCAGCUUCUACGUGGUGUUUCUCCUGCCCAGCCAUCACAGUUUAGUCUGGCACCUGCAUAUAUCCAACCACUCCCCUAGAACGAUGCCCGAGGUCAGAGCAGCCAAGUGUGUCAUUUCCUUGGUCACUCUCUAUGUCAUCCUGUAUGGAAGCAACACAAUCACUUUGAACGUUUUAUUAAACACCAAGGCAGAAUCUCCCCUUUUAUUGAAUAUCCACACAGUUUUGUCCUUCUUAUUCGCUGCCAUAAGUCCACUGCCGAUUAUCAACAGCAAAAGGACACUUUGGCAGGGAAGAUUCUCACAGGGGAAAGAGAAAUCCCCACUUUCUGCAUCAACUCAGCAUCGGCUGCAGCAGAGCCCUGUGCAACUUGGGGGGAAGCAUAGAGGAGAGACCUAG